AUGCAUAGUGACGGACCCUUAUUAUCUCAUUUGACUGCCGUCUUCCGCCAGCUAGCCUUAAACCACCGCGUAACAGCAGAACUUGUACGGAAUAGGCUAUCGGAAGAAAGGAUAUGCCAGGUUCGCUCAGGCCUCUGCAGAGGAAAGAUAGGCGAGAAUCUGGACACCAAAGUCUUGAUUUUGAAGAUGCUAAUCCAUCUUAGUGUAGGAUGGAAAAAGGAAGACGGUUUUCACUGCACUCGAAAUGGAUGUGGACAUCGUCAUCCUUUCGCUCAACUUGGAGAUUGGUGGGAGCACAUGUAUGUACAUUUGGACAGAGUCUUCGGUCCAUUAAACAUGGACGGCCCGAACAUGCAGAUGCCUCAACUGAACGAUAAGAUGCUCAGGAAGUUGGGGCAUCGUUUUGCUGACUGUUCCAUAUUUGCCUGCAGUACUAUCUAA